AUGGCAAGUACAAAUGCAGAGAAACAGUGGAAUCAUAGGCACCCAUGGAGAAAGAGCAGAGAACGUCUCUCACGCAGGCUGUUCUGCUGCUCAUGUUUGCGAGGUGAGGAGAAGGAUCCUCUGCGGGAGCAUGAAAAGAAAAUUAAUGGGGACCCUCAGCAUCCACACUUGGAUCAACAGGGAUCAGGUGAGGAGGAGGCUAUCCAGAUUACAGUGGAGGAUCUGGGGAUAGUUAACAGCAGCUUCAGUCUGUCUGAGGAGGACCCCCUGACCCCAAGGAAGAGCCUGGUGCGCUCAGCCAGCUCUUUGUCUGCCUGCCCGAGGGCUCUGAAGAAGAAACGACUGACACCUCUGUCUUCAUUCCCUAUACAGCCACGCUCCACCUCUACCAGUGGAGAAGAUGAUGAAGAAGAAGAGGAAGACCCGUUGCUGUUUGAGAGUGGUACCAAUAGCACGGCAGCUUCUGGAAGCCUCCUAACACCACCUGUCAUUAAUCUGAUCCCACCCACUCCCUCAGACAUUGUUGAGGAUGAUCAUUUCUUUGACGUUAAUUCAGAGGAAAGUGUGGCAUAUACAUUUGGCAGUGAAGGAAGCUUUGCUGGUGGUGACCAGGAGAGUUAUGAGGAAAAGAUGGAGAGUGUGGAAGCAGAGGAGACAACAGAAGAACUCACACUGACUGAGAAUGAAUUCAGUGCAGAUAGUGCCGCUGAGAGUGAGGGGGGCCUAAGUGAUCAGUUUGGAGAAGAAAGAGAGUCUGUGCCAACCAGAGACGAGAAUAAAGAGAAAACAAAGCCCAGGUUCUUACGUAGCGCUUACCAGGUGGCUCCUCUCCCUGUGUACCAUCGGAAAAGGAGCUUUAACACCGGAAUACAUCUAUUGUCAUAUACUGAGCACAACUUGGAUGGCCUGAGCAACAGAGAUGUGAGCUCCUCCAACAUGCUGAAAACUGAUCUUUGUCGGCUUCCUCACGCCGCCAACAUGGACACAUUUACUCACCAAUUGAGACCGAUAACUCGCUCCUGCAGUCCUGGGGGGACACUGACCAGGAGUGCCACUUUCCACACUUUAACCAAGACCACAGAUCACCAGGAGGAGGAAGGGUUGGCACGACGACGACGCAUAACUGUUGCAUCAUAUAUGCCUCAGUCUAAGGAUCAGAAUGGAAACUUCCCUGAGAAGGUCGUGAACAAGCAAGUGGCCAAAUCCUUCGGGGAGUUGAACACAGACGAAGUCUGCCAGUGGUUUACCAAUAUUGGACUGCAGAAAUGUCUCCCUUUCAUCAGAGAAGCCAAACUGUGUGGUGCAGAUAUAGCUUCAGUGAAUGUGAACACACUAGACACUCUUCAUAUCGCCACACUGGAAGACAGGGAGCAGCUUCUAUCAGCCAUUUAUAAUGAGCUGCACCCUCCCAGCGCCACCACUCAGAGACUAGACUCUUUGCUUGAGUCAUUAGGCACAAAUAAUGUUGAGACAUUCACUGCAACAUUAGUGUCAAUGAGCAGGUCCAAGUCCUCCCCUCAUGUGAGCUGCCUGAGUAUGAAUCGGCGUUCCCUCAAACUCAGAAACAACAGCCAAAACUGCAUGACACAGAGGAAUUCCCAACUGACAGAGAUUACGAUUAAUGCGUCAGAGCGGAUAGUUCAUCUCAGAACCCCAAAGGAAACAACAGUGGGGAAAGUCAUGGAUUCAUGUAUCAAAAUGUUGGGAUUGACAGAAGAUAAGAACCUCUUGAAACUGAAAGAAAAGCAAGGGUCAUCAGAGGAGCUCCCACCAAAUCAGCAGAUUGGGAGUCUACUGACAUCGAUGUCAGAGAAAAGACAAUUAGAGCUGUACCUGUGCAAAAAGGAGCAGUCAUCAGGUACUGCUUCACAAAAUAAUCCAGAAGCCAGCAGUUCUAAGGAGAACAGCAACAUCAACAAAACUGUCCAGGUGAACCAGCCAUCUAAAGAAGAGAGGAUCAGGGAGCUCAACCAACAGGUGGACUCGCUAAAAAAUGUCAUUCUUCAGGUCCAGGAGCUCCACCACGGCCUGGUAGCAUUUUGCUCAGAGUUAAAGAACAUGGAUGGAAAUGUGAAUGUAGACAGGCUUGGCUCUGCUGAGCUGAAGCAGAGGCUGGAGUUUGUUAAAAGCCAACUGAAUGACAAGAGACAGAGCCUGCAGACCCUCAGAGACAACAUUAACAACUCCACUGCUCACAAGAAGAAACCAUUAGAUGUUCGUCUCUUGGAAAAGAUGAAGUUGAACUGCCAAGUGUUUAAGGAGGAAAUUUCCGUGGUGCAUCUCAACCGACAGGUGGCUCACCUCCAAAAUGCUUUGCAAGAAAGCUAUGUUAAGGAGAAAGUUCAGAAAAAGAGUUUGGCCAUUGGUAGCCUGAGCCAGCUGGUGUCGCCACAGUCUCCAGCCAUGCUGCUGGUUGUACAGGAGAACCACAACAAUGAUGGCCAUUAUGACUUUACAUGUCACUACAAAGAAGGCAGCGGACUAGUUGUGGUCAAGGUGGACAACUCUCACCUCUGUGUGGAUGACAGACUAGUGGAGGUGAAUGGUGUACCGGUGGUCAACUCUACACUAGAAGAGCUGACUGACAUCCUGCUGCAGGGACCCAGCGCUCAAAUUGUUGUCCUUCGCCAGCCCCCGCCCACCAACUCCCAGCAGCAACCACUGCUCUGGCAGCACAUGGUCAACCCUGAUCCCAUGCAAACAAUCUGCCCAGAAAGGGAUAUGGUAACCACAGAAACCCUUCCACGACGAAAGGUGAUGGCCAUCUGAUGAAAGCAGAGAGACAGACAACAACAUAUAGGGUGAGAAAUAGUGGUGAUGAAGAUGGAGCAAAGGGUUUCUCACUUUUUUAAACUGAUGUCUGUCAGACAAUGACUCAUAAUGUGAAAUGCCAUGGCAUGUUUUGUAAAUUAUUUAUCUCCAUAUGUGAACAUUCACUGUAUUGCUAAAAUGUUCUUCAUAGAUUGUUGCCAUAUGUCUUUUAGUGUGUUAUGUUCUUGUUCUUAGUAGAUAGUAAUAAAUAUGCCUAUGAAAAACAUAUUUCUGGAAAAACAAAACACAAACAAAAACUACAUCCACUUUUUUUCCCUAUCUGGAUCUAUUCUUUUACAUCAUAUUUUUUCCAUGAGGGAAGAUGAAAAGUAAAAAGAGCAAACACAUAGGCAGCUUUGCUCCACUGGAUAUGUGAUAAGUAUUUCUUUUUUAGCAUUCAUCUGAGGAAUUCCUGAGGGUGUAACAAUGUAAGCCUGAUUAGGACUCAGCAUCCUUCACCUUUUUUAAAGUACAGAUAAAACUGGAUAUAGUCAGAAAAUAUGUGACAUAGUGUAAAGACAUGUCUGAAAGUUUUGUAUCCUGCCUGCAAGCUUUCUCUUUGCAGAUUAGACACUAAGAUGGUCUG